ACCUAUUUCAUUUCUGCUCUAGUUUUUACGAACACGGACAGCAAACACGCUUUUCUGAUACUGGCUUUUUGCAUCACAGGAGUGUUUUUUAAAAACAUUUACAUCAAUGUACGGUUUGAAAAGAGGUGUUAGUGACAUCUAAGGAGCUGGCAAUUGGAUUACCGUCGUUAGCCGAUUUAUUAGACAACAACUAACUUAACUUACUGUCAAGGGGCGCUUCUCGUGCACGUUCACCCGCGAGUCAGCUUAAUCCGUGCUCGCGCUUGUCUCUUUCAUCGGUCAACCUCAGAGGCAUAAUGAGCCAGUAAACACGGAAACUUCGUAGAGAUAGUUUUUAUAGAUUCACUUAAAUAUGGACAACUACCGCCAACCAAGAUAUGAAGGCUCGAGUCAAGGAAGAGAGAAUAAAUUUAACCGCAAGAAAGGAUUUGGAGUCGGAGUGUCAUCUCAGGGCGGUUCAAGUGGGGAUGACGGAGAGAAGAAGCCUAAAUUUUUGGACAGAUUUUCCAGUAUCCGGAUCCCUGGCAGUAAAAAGGAACGGCCAAAUCUCUCCCACAUGUCCAAGCACUCCUCUUCUGGUGACUGGUCAUCUUCCUCUGAAUUUGAGGAGCUUUCUUCAAGAAUCACAUCAGAGAAAGAAAUCCUUGCCCUCUUUGAGAAAAUGAUGGAGGAUAUGAAUCUUAAUGAGGAGAAGAAAGCACCACUAAGAGAGAAGGACUUAAACACGAAAAGAGAGAUGGUUCUUCAGUACGUCGUCACAGCUGCAAAAACCGGUAGUUUGAGGAGCAGCAGUCAGAUCUCUCCUCAGGAGUUUCUGAGUGAACUAAAAAGCGGUGCCACCGAUGAGAGACUGUUUGCCUGUCUGGACUCCCUCAGAGUGUCACUCACCAGCAACCCAGUCAGCUGGGUGCAGAGUUUUGGCCAUGAGGGUCUGGGUCUCCUGUUGGAUACGCUGGAGAAGCUCCUCCUCAAAAAACACCAAGAGAAGGUGGAUAAGAAGAGUCAACACAAAGUCAUUCAGUGCCUGAAGGCUUUUAUGAACAACAAGGUAAUAACGUCACCGAGCUGCAGGGUCUCAAGUUCCUCUCACUUAAUAAUUGUCAUCUCAAAGCGAACAGUUAUCAGUUUUAAACAUGCACAUACAAAGUAUAGCUAAAUAUAGUUGUGUAGACUCCUUUCAAUGUGACGUCCACGGUUCUUCACUUCUAUUGGUGGUGGUGAUGUCAUGGUAUAUUUGCAUAAAUUAUGUUCAGCUUUGAAAAUGUUGCACAUUGUCACCCGCCCCCAGAAAGAAUGUUCAGUUUUUAAUAAUAGCCAGGCAUUCUUCUAGUAUUAUAUAUGUAUCCUGUUGGAUAUGCUGUAGAAAAACGCAUAAUUUGCAAAAAAAAAUGUAUAUAUAAAUAAAUAAAUACUUUAC